ACUACUGAAUUCAUUCAUAACCUUACCUUAUCAUUCAUCAUUGCCGUAUCACUUCAAAAAGGUUAAGAGUUGCGUAAAGUUUGUAAACAGAUUACAAUAAGUAGUAUUGUUUAACCAAGUUAAUUACCAGUCAUAAACUUUCUAUAUUAUGCAAUAAUAAUCUUUUAUAUUUUAAAUUAAUCUCACAUUCAUGACUUCGUACCGUUUGAAUUAAGUAAGCAGGAAAAUUUAUAUUUACCCAGUUUUAAACUUACUUGCUAUGUUAGCAGUUGGAUGUUUUAGAAUUUAUUGUUUGUAAUUUAUUAUAUUAUCUAUCUACUCUAUUUGAAUUAGUAAUACUUCAAGUUGAUGAUUACAAAAAAAAAAAAAUGUAGGUACCGCAUAUUUUAAUAUAUUUAAAAGUGUAGGUCCUUAAGUUUUUGUAGCUCUGAUUUUAUGACUGAUUGUGAUCUAGUUUAUUUGUUUUCACUAUUGAUCUACUGUCCUGUAUAGAAUUGCAAUAUUGGUUUGUCAGAAUCUUGUUUGAAAUAAUGGAGUUUAUAACGGGUGCUAUAGCAGCGAUUGGAGCUGGAAUCAUAACUAAUCCUUUAGAUGUUGUAAAGGUCAGAUUCCAAUUACAGGGUGAAUUGAAAAGAAAAGGUGCUCAUAAAAUUCAUUACAGAAAUUUCUUUCAUGCUUUCUACGUAAUUGGUAAGACAGAAGGUAUAACCGCCUUACAGAAGGGACUGGGCCCUGCACUUGUGUUUCAAGUGUUACUAAAUGGUACAAGGCUGGGUGUGUACGAGAUGGCUGAAAAAAGAAAACUAAAUCUUAAACCUGAUGGAAGAGUAUCUUUAUUGAACACAAUUUGUAUUGGAUCAGUAGCAGGGGUCUUAGGAGCGUUUGCCGGGAGUCCUAUGUAUUUGGUGAAAAUACAAUUACAGUCUCAGGCUGCAGCUAGCAUUGCAGUGGGUCACCAACAUCAACAUCAAGGAACGAUCGAAGCUCUUGCCAACAUAAGUCGGCAGUAUGGGGUUGUGGGGCUAUGGCGGGGGGUGAGUGGCGCCUGUGUACGCUUGGCCGUUGGAUCGUGCUCUCAGUUAUCUGGGUUCUAUUUGACAAAGGAACUGCUAGAAAAGCAUCAGGUGCUAAGUACAGAGAAAAGUUUGUUGAAUACUAUUGUAGCCAGUUCAGUCGGUGGUACUCUGACAGCUUUCACCAUGAAUCCAUUUGAUGUGAUAUCUACUAGGCUGUACAAUCAAGAGGUGGACAAGAAUGGGAAAGGGCUACUUUAUAAGAACUACAUUGACUGUGUCAGAAAGGUUUUCAAGAUUGAAGGCUUGAGUGGGCUGUACAAAGGUGUGAUCCCCCAGUUUUCUAGAAUUGGGCCUCACAGUGUUUUGUGUCUUGUUUUCUGGGACAUUCUCAAGGAUGAAUUCAAGGAAAGUAGGUGGACACAUAUUUAAUACUAGUCAAUUUGAAUUUAUUAUGUAUUUUAGAUAGUUUUAUUUCAAAAAUGAAUUGUAAAUAAGAGUGAAAUAAUGUCUAUUAAUUAGUAAAAUAUGAAAUAAG